AUGGUGGUUGAUACGAUGAGAAUUGCAGUUGAUGGCAAGAGAUAUUCACUUCUGACGAUCAAGGUGUGCUCCAGAUGGAUCCGCAGGCAUCCAGUUCUGGUGUCUUCCCUCUGCGUCUUGGUAUUUCUGUACAGAUCUUUCCCGUUUUGCUUCUCCGUUUUGGUCUCUGCAUCCCCUGUUCUGUUCUGCACUGCGAUUCUGCUUGGUACCCUCUUGAGCUUCGGGGAACCCCACAUCCCGGAAAUUGAUCUCCAUAACCCCGAACUGGUAGCUACUACUAGCACUAGCCACCAGGACGAUAGCUUGUUCGAGAAACAUGGAUUGACGUCGUCGUCGGAGGACCACGUCACUGUGGUUCAGAGAGCGGAUAACGAAGUGGGUUCCGUGGUGGAGAUGAAGGGUAGUGUAAUUGAGGAAGAAGAUGGAAGAAGUAAGAGUUGUUCCCCUGUUGUUGUUGUUGAAGAGAAGUCUAGAGAGAUUCAGUUUGCAGAGCAAGUGGAGAAAGUGUUCAGCGAGCUGGAGAUGAAGUUGAGGAAGAAGGAGGAGAAUGGUGGUGGUGUCGGUGAGAAUCAUCAGUAUGCUCGUGUGGGAGACUUGGGAGAUAAAGAUGAUAAUGGCAAGUUGGGAAAUGGCGAGAAUGACGAUGGUGGUGUUACUAUGUCUGCAGGGGAGUUUCUUGCUUCUCAAUCUGGGAAUCGGUCAAUGGAAGAAAAGGAAGAAGAAGAGUGUGAGGAAUGUUCGGAGGAUUCGGGGUCUGAUGGAGCUGAGAGCUCUUCACCAGAUGCUUCAAUAGCCGACAUUAUGCCAAUGCUUGACGAGCUUCAUCCACUUUUAGACGAAGAAGCUCCACAGCAAGGGCUGAUUUCUCGUUAUGGCUCUGCUUCUGAAGGAUCUCAGCGUAACAGAGAUAGUAGCAGUGUUGAUUCGGAGGAAGAUUCAGGCAAUCAUGUGGAUGAAGAAGAAGAAGAGGAGGAAGGAGUAGAGAGUGAAGGUGCCCAAACUGGUAAAGAGGACGAGAGCAAAUCGGCCAUUGUGUGGACCGAAGAUGACACGAAGAAUCUCAUGGACUUGGGGACUUCAGAGCUUGAACGGAACCAGAGGCUGGAGAGUCUAAUUGCUAGAAGGAGAGCUAGGAGGAACUCAAGAGCUGUGAUUGAGAAGGAGAAGAAUCUAAUAGAUUUCGAUGGUGGCGGUGAUCUUCACUUUAAUGUGCCACCCAUUUCGACAUCUAGACGGAACCCAUUCGACCUCCCGUAUGAUUCGUAUGAUGAUGCUCCUGGUUCUGCUCCUUCCAUAAUGUUGAAGAGAAGAAACCCUUUUGAUUUGCCAUAUGAUUCCGGGGAAGAAAAGCCCGAUCUCAAAGGGGAAAGUUCUGAUCUGGAAUUCGCAGGGUUUCAACAUAGGGAACAACAACCAGGGCCAGUGUUCAGGAGGCACGACAGUUUCAAUGUUGGGCCCUCAUAUCUGGGCGGAUUUGUUCUUCCUCCUCCCAACAAGCAAGAAAGGCUGGAUGUUCUAUGGAAACCUUAUUUCUUGCCCGAACGGUUUGUUCAUAAUCAUGAAGGAACAACAACAAGCAGCAGCAACUUCCCAGGUGGUUUCCAGAGGCAGUUGAGUGAAAUUAGUGAAUCGAAGAUGAGCUCGAUUCCUGAUACUGAAUCAGUGAUUUCGGUGUUGGAAGAAGAAGAGGACAAGAAGAAGCUAAUAAGUGAAAAAGAUGUACAUCACGAGAUGGAAUCAGAAGAACUGAUUGCUAAUAAUGUUGAUACCUCUUCUGUGUUGGUUGAACAUGGAAGUCUGUCGUCGUCAUCUGUUGACGGCAUUGGUGAUAAUGAUGCAGAACCUGAUGAAAGGAGAAGAGACGUUCAUCAUCAUCAUGAAGCAGAUAUAGAAGAGAUGAAUACAAGUGAGAUCCUGUUGCGAAUGGUUGAACCGGACGGUGACGAGGAAUAUAGCAGUCCGUCAAGUUUGUCAUCAUCUUCUGAACCAGGUGAUGACAAGAUAACUGAUGGGCAGAAGGUAUUAUUGACAAAUCAUGAGAUGAAAGUUGAGGUUCCGACAACACAGACCCUGCUCCACGUGAAUUCUCAUCCUGAAAAUGAUGGCCCAAGAGUUUCAACAGACACUCUAGACCGUCAUUCCAUAGGUUCAACGGUGGAUGAAAGUAAGCAUGAGGAGCCUGUUUUUGACUCGAGUCCCCCGGAACUGGAUAAAUUUCUCUCCUUUUCUUCGAUUUCUUCUGAUAUACAAGCAGAAAUAGCAGAAAUGGCAGAGAAGGCAUAUUUGAGCAAAAAGGGCCUUCUUCAACUUGACCAGGACGAUCGACUGGAUUUAUCCAGUUCUCAUCCAUCAACAACUGCAGAGCAAGAUAAAGAAGUCAAAGUUGUUACGUUGAGAUCCAGCAACCAUGAAGUACAAUGGUCCGAAAAAUCCAUGGUUGGACCAUCUUAUGGCAAUCAUGAACUGCUGGAACCAUCAGUGAGGAAUAUAAAGUCUGUUCCCAAGGACAGUGAACUUACCUUAGAGCGUUCAAGUCCAACAGAAGCAUUUUGGUCACCUGAAUCUGCGGGCAGUUUCAACUUCGAGGAAGAUGAAAUGAAAGAGAUAGAUGAAGGGUUACUAUCAGAACUAGAUACAGUUGGGGAUUUUAGAGUCAAAGAAGUUGAUGGUGAACAGCAGAUUAUGUUACAAAAUGGAGGAGUCAGUACCAGCGAACCACUAGUCAAACAAACAAGUUCCAACUUGCAAGAUGCGGGUACAGAGCAUACUCUUGAGAACACAAAGCAGUUGCCUGAAACAGUAGAUGAGGAUAUUCAUACCAGGGAGCUUCCCGUUCUAGAAGUUAGAUCGACAGAGGAUAUUGACAUGGCUUUCAAACAAUUGCAUGAAGGAGCUGAAGUUGAGGAGGUCAUCCUUCCAAGUACCAUUAAGCUGCAGCAGUCACUUGAAGACAAAGAUACAUUUGGAAGUCCUGAUGUGCAACCCUCCACACCCUUGCAAGUUAUUGAAGCUAGGUUUGUAGAUGAUAUUCAUGUUGCCUUGACGCAACAAGCUCCCAAGGGUAGCGACAAGAACCUCCCAGAACGAUCUGAUUCAUUACAAGUGACUACAGAGGGGACUUCCAUGACUGAGCUCCCAGUUCUUGAAGUUAGAACCGCUGAAGAUAUUGACUUGGCCUUCAAGCAACUGCACGAGGGAGCUGAAGUUGAGGAGGUCAUCCUUCCUAGUACAAUUAAGCAGCAGCAGUCACUUGAAGAAGAAAAUGAGUUUGGAAGCCCUAAUGCACAACCCUCUACGCCUAUGCAAGUUGUUGAAGCGAAGAUUGUCCAAGAUAUUGAUUUUGCUGUUAUGCAACGAGCUUCUAAGGGAAGUAGUCACAAGGAUCUUCCAGAACCAUCCAAUUCAGCAAGCAGGCAACUGAGUGAAGAUGACCUUUCUAUUUCUAAUAAAGAACUUCCGGUUCUUGAAGUUAAAACCGCUGAAGAUAUUGACUUGGCCUUCAAGCAACUCCAUGAAGGAGCUGAAAUUGAGGAGGUUAUCCUUCCCAGUGCAAUUAAGCAACAGUCACUUGAAGAUGAAUUUGGAAGUCCCAAUGUGCAGCCCUCUACACCCUUGCAAGUUGUUGAUGCAAAGUUUCUAGAAGAUAUCCAUGCUGCUGUGGGUCAACAAGCUUCUAAGAGCAGAGACAAGUGUACUCCACAACCAUCAGAAUCAACAGCUAUACAACCCUCUGAGAAGGAGAUUUUUAGCACAGAGCUUCCAGUUCUUGAAGUUAGGACAGCUGAAGACAUUGAUUUAGCCUUCAAGCAACUUCAUGAAGGAGCAGAAGUAGAGGAUGUCAUCCUUCCAAGUACAAUUGAGCAGCAGUCAGCUGAUGAUGAAUUUAGAAGUCCCAGUGAGCAACCCUCUACACCUUUGCAAGUUGUUGAAGCCAGAUUCCUAGAAGAUAUCCGAGCUGCUGUUAUGCAACAAGGCUCUAAAGGCAGUGACAGAGACUUUCCAGAAUCAUCUAUAACAGGCUUUCAAGUGACCACAGAGAAGGAGGAGAUUCACGACAAGGAGCUUCCAGUUCUUGAAGUGAGAACAGCUCAAGACAUUGACUUAGCUUUCAAGCAACUUCAUGAAGGAGCAAAACUCGAGGAGGUCAUUCUUCCCAGCUCAAUUGAGCAGCAGGCAGCAGCAGAGGAUGAAUUUAGAAGUCCCAGUGAGCAGCCUUCUACUCCUUUAGUAGCUGUUGAAGCCAGAUUUAUAGAAGAUAUCCACACUGCCAUUAUGCACCAAGUUUCUAAAGGUAGUGAAGGGGAGCUUCCAGAACCAUCUGAUUUUGUAGGCACACAAGUGAAAGCAAAAGAGGUUACUGACAAGGAGCUUCCAGUCCUUGAAGUUAGAACAGCUGAAGACAUCGAGGUGGCUUUCAAGCAACUUCAUGAAGGAGCAGAACUCGAGGAGGUCAUCCUUCCCAGCACGAUUAAGCAGCAGUCACUUGAAGAUGAAUUUAGAAGUCCUGAUGAACAACCCUCUACACCUUUGCAAGUUGUUGAGGCCAAACAUAUAGAUGAGAUUCAUGCUGCUGUGCAGGGACUUGCUUCUAAGAGCAGUGUCCCAAGCCUUCCAGCUCCUUCUGAUUCAGCAGAGUCGCAACCAACUGAAGAGCAUAUUUCUGGAAAAGUGCUUCCACUUCUUGAAGUCAAAACGGCUGAAGACAUUGAUUUGGCAUUCAAGCAGCUCCGUGAAGGAGCAGAAGUCGAGGAGGUCAUCCUUCCUAGCACAAUUAAGCAGCAAUCAGAAGAAUAUAAAUUGGGAAGUCCUAAUGAGCCACCUUCUACUCCCUUGCCAGUUGUUGAGGCAAGGUUUGUAGAAGACAUUGAUGCUGCAGUGAUGCAUCAAUAUUCUAAGGGAAGUGCCAUGGAGCUUCCAGAAGUUUCUGAUUCAGCAUUGGGACCAGCAGAAAGCACUCAAGCGGAUCAUAGUCAUCCGAAUGAUUCUAGGAAUCCGGAAGGAGAGCAAGUGCUUCCAGUUCUCGAGGUUAGAACUGCCGAAGACAUAGAUUUGGCCUUCAAGCAACUCCAUGAAGGAGCAGAAGUCAAUGAAGUCAUAGUUCCCAGUCAUAUAAAGCAGCGGUCACUUGAGGAAGAUGAAUUUAGAAGCCCCAAUGAGCAACCCUCUACGCCCUUGCAAGUUGUUGACGCGAGAUUUGUGGAAGAUAUCCAUACCGCCGUCAUGCAACAUGCUUCCAAGGAUAAUGACAACGAGGUGCAGAAAACCUUCUGAUUCUGCCAAAGAAAUGGCAGCCCGACUGGUUUGGAGACGAAUGGGCAACAACCCAGUUCAGUUGCUUCCCUGUCCGUGUUGUUUCAAGCAAUUCCAACAUGGAAGAUUAAAAACAAACGCAGAGCAAAAAAGAUGGAAUAUUUUGUGGGUUUGAGUUUUUCUCCCCCAUUUUUGGUUUAAUGGGGGUAUUCGUGAUUUUUUUUUGGCGGAGUAUUUUUGGCUUAGUGAUUGAUUGGUUUU